AACAGAUCCAUGACCAAGAGGGCCCCAAGAUUCAAAGACUGUUCCAGUCUACUCUGGGUCUUUCCAGCUGUUUUUCUUGGCCAGAGGAUCACACCCAUUGGGAUGCAAACAGGGAGCAGGAAGCUAGCGGAACAGUGAAGUCAGAUGAACUAGAGAAGAGGCAGAUGUUAAGGCCAGAGGAAAGUAGCCACAAGCAGCCCAAACUCCUGAGAAAGAACACCCAGAGGGGCAUCUUUUCUAGUGCGGGUUGUGUUGGGCAUGGUAAGGACCUGGCAAGUAAUCAUCUUCUCCCCUGAAGACUAAGAAUCAGAGUCCUUACUGUGGGCUACCUUCUAGAGCUGGGCUAAAGCUUAGGCACACAGCUGUUAACAUCUGGAUCCAGGAUCAUGUCUGCUAACAAGGGCUGGUGGGUGCCACCCGAGGGUGAGGACAACCUGUCCGAGAAGUUCCUAAGGAAGACCAGGGAGUCUCCACUGGUGCCUAUAGGUGUAGCAGGCUGCCUGGUGAUAGCAGCAUACAGGAUUUACAGGCUGAAGGCUCGGGGUUCCACCAAGCUGUCCAUCCAUCUGAUUCACACCAGAGUGGCAGCACAGGCGUGUGCUGUGGGGGCCAUCAUGCUGGGUGCCAUGUAUACAAUGUACAGAGACUACAUCAAGAGGGUGUCAGAGGAUGCUGAGAAGUAGGACUCCUGAGACGGCAGGAUGGCCAGUCCCCCCCGGCUGCCUGUAUGUGCCUAAUAAAGCUUUGUUGAGGAAA